UCGCUUCGCUUUCCUUCUCCGCUCUUAAAAAUGGUUAAAAAAACUCUCUCUUUCUCACUGCGCGAGCGAAGUCUCUCAAAAUCAAGUUGAGAUCUUUUUUUUUUUCUCUCUAGAAGCUCUUAAGCUGAUUCUGUUAAACUUUUUUAAUCUGGUAAUUUCAAGCUACGUUACGAGGAAGAAGUUGAAGAAAUGGAGAAAAAGCAAGGGUUCUUCUCUGCUCUCAGAGACGAAGUUGUGAGGGGUCUCUCGCCGUCGCGUUCCAGGGCAAGGUCUCGCUCCGUUAGCCCCGCUCGUUCUAAUUCGCCCAUGUCAGCUCUCUCAUGGGGGAGGAAGAACUUCACCGGCGGCGGAGGAGGAGGAGGCGCCGGAUAUUACUUGGCUCAGCCGGAGCAGGUAAUCGGGAGAUCCGGAAGCUUGAGACCCGUAAUGGAAGGUCCUGAUCCAGACGAAGGAGGAGGAGGAGGGAAUAUUGGAGAAUCUAAGCGGCUCGGGUCGGGUUUAGGUCACUGGGUCAAGGGACAGCUGUCUCGCGCUCCGUCCGUUGCUGCGACGGCGGCUUACCGGAGAAAUGAUCUUAGGCUUCUUCUCGGAGUUAUGGGAGCUCCUCUUGCUCCGAUUCAUGUCUCCUCCGCUGAUCCUUUGCCUCAUCUUAGCAUCAAAAAUACCCCAAUCGAGACAUCAUCUGCUCAGUAUAUUCUUCAACAGUACACUGCAGCUUCCGGUGGCCAGAAGCUACAAAACUCCUUUAAAAACGCUUAUGCGAUGGGGAAACUCAAGAUGAUAACUUCAGAGCUCGAAACCGCCACAAGAACAGUUAGGAACCGGAACCCAUCCAAGGCUGAGACUGGAGGUUUCGUUCUCUGGCAGAUGAAUCCAGACAUGUGGUACGUUGAGCUUGCGGUAGGUGGUAACAAGGUUCGUGCUGGCUGCAACGGCAAGCUCGUAUGGCGACACACUCCUUGGCUCGGUUCUCAUACCGCUAAAGGACCCGUUAGACCUCUCCGCCGUGGACUUCAGGGACUUGAUCCGAGAACUACUGCAGCAAUGUUUGCGGAAGCCAAGUGCAUAGGAGAGAAGAAGGUGAAUGGUGAAGAUUGCUUCAUUUUGAAGCUUUGCACUGACCCUGAAACGUUAAAGGCGAGGAGCGAAGGACCGGCAGAGAUCAUAAGGCACGUCCUCUUUGGCUACUUCAGCCAGAAAACAGGGCUCUUGGUUCACAUCGAGGAUUCCCAUUUGACCCGGAUCCAAUCCAACGGUGGAGAUACUGUUUUCUGGGAGACCACAUACAACUCUUCCCUAGACGAUUACCGCCUGGUCGAAGGGAUCAUGAUCGCUCACUCAGGACAUUCGGUUGUGACCCUUUUCAGAUUUGGGGAAGUGGCGAUGAGCCACACGAGGACGAAGAUGGAAGAAAGCUGGACGAUUGAGGAAGUUGCCUUUAACGUUCCUGGUCUAUCUCUAGACUGCUUUAUACCACCUGCUGAUCUAAAGACCGGUUCUUUAACCGAAUCCUGCGAGUACCCACAAGAGGAAAGAGGGAAGAGCAACGCGGUGGCAUUGUCUGCUGCUCAUAGGGCUAAAGUUGCAGCCUUGGAGAACGGGAGGUUUGAAGAUAACCGGCCGGUUUGGCAUGCUGAUGUCUAACGUUUGAAGAGAAGCUCUAUGACUAAAAAACAACUCUUGAAGGUAGCAUUUAGCCGAUGAUGAUUCUCAGGUGGAAAAAGAUCAGAUGCAAUGUGUUCAUACGCGGGUAACUCAAAGCUAACCCUUUUUAGCAGCUUCAUCGGAUUAGGAGUCAGGUUUCUUAGCAUAACCGGAGAGAUUCUCUCGGGUUCAAAUCGAAUCCAAAUGGAUCUUCUUCUUCUUUUUUAACUCUAAUCUCAGGAGAAUGGGAUGGAGUUUGGAUUUGGUUUUACUUAUCUUUCAAUUUGGGCUUUUUUUUUUAAUUUAUAAUUCUCACCUUCAAUAUUUUUGAGUAAGGUGAAGGCAAGAGAAGGAGAAUUGCCUGCUUUUACUUCUAGUUUCUAGCAUAAGUGUUUGUGUUAAAAAUCAAUCCCCUAACUACGAAUCUUGAUGUUGUUCAUCUUUCUUUAUGGAGAUAUGUAUGGUUUUU